AUGCCUCAGAGAAACUAUCGAAAGCGCCGCGAAGCGGAAGAAAGUGACGAUGAUCAGCAAGAAACAUCUUUAACGAGCGAGGCGUUAGAGGAAAGGAAAGAACUACAACGAUUUCGGAAGCGACAAGCUGGAGUUUCGGCUGUGGCCCUUGCUCUUGGAAAAACUCUUGCACCAGAAGAAGAAGUAGAGAGUGAUCCUUUUAAACUGAAAACAGGCGGGCUUGUUCAGGUGAACGAUUUGAUCCAGGAUAGAAAUCGUGACAGAGAAGGGGAAGACAAAGAGAAAUCGAUUAACUUAGGAGCAAAUUUUGCCGCUGAAACAAACCGAAGAGAUGAAGAUACUCAUAUGUUAAAAUACAUUGAAGAAGAGAUGGCGAAGAGGAAAGGUGUUGCACUGGAUAAAACUGUUCAAAACAAGUGGGUAGCUAAUUUUUAUUUUGAAAUGUGUCUUUGCACGUGUGAAUAGUAAGUUUAUCUUGGGGUAUUGCAAUGACUGAGUUAGUCUAUUACAACUGAUAACCUUCUCUGUGCCUCUACCUAAUCAAAACUGUCAAUCAAAAUUGCCGACAGUUCCUGAGUCAUAUUGGUGAGAUUUAAAGGUAGUUCAUAAGAAGGAAAAAUCAGUGGUGCAAACCUGCCUACAAAGGAGAAUGGAGCUCAGAUUUUUGCCAGUGUAAACUAAGUGGACCAGUGUUUUUUCAAGUUUUAGGGCAAUAUGUGUCUCUGGUCUCAAAAUGUUGAAAAAUUUAGGUCUGUAGCACUUUCCUCAUUCCUAUUUCAGCUUGUUCAAGAGAGUGUCGUAGCAUGUUUCAACUGCGACCUCAAACCAAGGACUCAUUUUCUCACUGCCAAACUUUUCUUUCAACAGUACAGUGAGGAAGGUAGAAUUUUAGAAGAGAACCAUGCACUUUAAUUUUCUUUUCAGACAUAGCUUUUUUUGUAAGCUUGUCUCUCUACAAGGUUCUUUUAAUUUCAAGGUAGAUCUAGUCAAUUUUUGGUUGGGACAGAUUAAGUAUCAGAAAGGUUAACUCAGCAUCAUACUAUGAAAUACAUAUGCUUGGUAAAAGUACACAACUCAGUACUAGCUUGGGUGGUUUGCAACUAAAACAUGGUCUGGACCUGGGGGUCUGGACCCCCAUUUUUUGGUGAAGUGGAAGUUCUCAGGUCAUUUUUAUUCACAACAUGUCAUAGAAUAUUUCUGUUUUAAACAGCUGAAAUCAUGCAGUCCAUACCACUUUUUAAACGUACCUGAACCCAAUUUUUCUUUUCUGACCUCUGUGAUUUACUGAAUUUACUGAAAAAAGGUAAACCAGGAUCAUAAUUUUUCCUAAAAAAAACGGGGUAUCAGGUAAAUUUCUUUACUGACCAACUGAGAUUUUUGGUCCAAGGAUGGUUGUUAUUAUUGUUGUUAUGUCUUUUUUGGGGCCGAAGUUUCAGUGAUUUGGUUGUUUUAAGUGGAAUGGUGAUUCAAAGUCAAAACAUCUCCAGAUUUUUUUAAUUCCAGUGGCUGGAAUCUUUCCCAGACUGAGUUUACUUGUUUUAAAAGUUGUAGGCUGUAGGAGAAGUAGUGUGGCAGAUGCUUGAGUGAAGGAUGUCAAAGCUAUUUACAAAGGCUGCCAGGCUAAGGUUUGGGAUCCCAUAUUAUGAUAAGACCUGUGAUCAUUUUUGAUCCCAGUCAGAUUGGAAUGGAGUCUGUCAUGGUGCCAGCAGCUUCAGCCCCCUUAGGGAUUCCCAUAUAAACACAGAAAGAGUGUUAUUUAUUUACUGGUUUUUAUUACUGCCGAUUAUGUAAACUUUUGCAGGCCAAAAUCAAAGGAAGAUUUGCUGUAUCAGGUUCCAGAACAUAUCAAUGUCAGGUCAAAGAUAAUGGCAUCAGAAGAAAUGCUCUCAAAUCAGAUGUUAUCUGGUAUUCCUGAGGUGGAUCUUGGCAUUGAUGCAAAAAUAAGAAACAUUGAGGCUACAGAAGCAGCUAAACAAGCUGUGAUCGAGGAACAGAGGUACAAGAAAUCAAAAGAACCAACAGAGAUGGUUCCAACCAACAUGGCUGUGAACUUCAUGCUGCAUAGUAGAUGUAAGCUAUGUUUCAAUUUAUAAUUUUUGCAUGUUGACAGGAUGAAUAAGAACAAACAUGGAGAAAUUAACUAUAUAAAGUGAAGGAAGGUAAAUUAAAUGGUGCAAUGAGUUUGAAAAGGUGAAGUUUAAUUACUAGCUCAAUUUUGAAGCAAAGCUAUCAUGAGGGUUGAUAAUCAUGUUUAUCAAACUGAGGCCCCAUCAACACUAAUGCCUUUUUUGUUCAAAAACAUGAACUUCCCAAUUUGUUUUUAUCAAUCAUCCUCACUGAAGCAGCUGAAAAUGUUAUGAGUGCAGUCUUACUGAAAACACUUUGAUGAGUGGAGUGCUUUGAAAUUGUAACUGUUUUAAAAAUACAGGGAAAAUAUAGACUCUCUUAAAUGAUCAGUGAAAUUUGAAGUAAUGUACUGUGGCUUUCCUGUACAUUUUUGGAUUUUUCAGUCUAGACAAUUGGGAAAAACAUCAAAAUUCAGUAGCGUGAACAGUGGAGGGCAUUAUGAAAAUGCUAGUCUGGUGAAGAAACUAUUUUGCUUCAUUUUGCUUGAGAAGAAAAUUGAACACUUUCCAAUUGUUAUUUUAGUUAUUGGCAAUAUUCAACCAGGUUGGCCCAGUUCAGCUUCAAGCUGAUUUGAAUGGGGGCCUGCGACCAGAGCCAAGUAGUUAACAGUGUUACAAGGCUUAAAUUAAAUCACAACCAUUUGUAUAGGUUACAAGUGGCUGUAUGACUUUUGUGCCAAACACACUAAAAUCACUUGAUAUUAAGAACUGAUGUGAAUGUGAAUGUGUUUCCAGUUUAUGAUGAGCAAAAGAAUAUUGAUGCAGAAAGCAAGAGAGCUGCUGCAGCAAGAGACAAGGCACAAGAACAAGAGAAAGUAAUUAGAAAACCAACAGUAAAGGCAGAUGAAACUUCAUCAGCAUCAAGCAGCAAAGCACAUGAAACUGACGUUCCUGUAGCUGCUGCUUCAAACAAGAAGAGAACUGGUGACAAAGUUGAAAAAGCCACUGACGAUUUCUUUUAUGAGAAAUUUAAGAAACGAGCAAGAGACUCAUGGAGGUAUCAGUAAGGUAUCUCUGUAUGAUGUUUCCUAUGACAGUGCCUUGCUGCUUGUGAAUCACAGCUUUGUUUAAAAGACUAAGGGAAAGAUAAAAUUGCAUCAUAGAGCGGGUGAACAGAAACAGACAGGCAGCAGAAAUUUACUCUCCUAUCAAGGUUCAUUCUUCAGCACUUGUGGCCCCUUAAAGAGUUCUACAACUACAUACACUUGAAUUCCUAACUGUAUUUUAAAAUAAUUCCUCAUAUUUUACAUCUAUUGAAGAAUUUUUCCCUUCAAUGCUCAAUAAAUAUGUCUACAAGAUAGAGAAGACUGUUUUCUUCUGGCGGCUUUCAAGGUUAAAAGAACAUUUUUUGUACCUUACUAAAAUACACAAAACAGUUAAGUCUUGUAACUCAAGAGCCCCAAAACUGCCACACUUCAUCCACA